AUGUCUUCUCGACUUCGCGGUCGGGACAUCCUCCACGGGCAGGAUGACGAUGCGCAGUCUUCGCAAGCGCAGCCUGGUGCUGCUUUGAGUCCGGCUCAACAGAAUCUAACGCGCGUAUUUGAACAGAACCGACAUAAGCAGCAGAAGCAGAAUGGCGCGAAAGCGCCCGAGCAAGCUCCCGAGGCAUCGACAAAAGGAAAACCUAGAUUGCUUCUUAUGGGCCAGAGAAGGAGCGGCAAAUCGUCCAUUUCGAGUGUGGUCUUCCAUAAGUUACCACCUAGCGAGACACUGUUUCUCGAAUCAACAGCACGCAUCCAAAAGGACUCUAUGCCCUCGUUCAUGGAUUUCCAAGUAUGGGAUUUCCCUGGUCAGAUCGACAUAUUCGAAAACCCGACGUUUGACAUUGACGCUAUGUUCGGAGAGAUCGGGGCUUUGAUCUGGGUCAUUGAUGCCCAGGACGAUUACAUGGAAGCUGUGGCCCGUCUGAACGUGACCAUAUUAAACCUUCAGCGGUCAUAUCCAAACAUUAAGAUCGAGGUGUUCAUACACAAGGUGGACGGCCUUUCGGACGACUACAAACUGGACAUUCAGCGAGAUAUCACCAUACGUAUUCAAGACGAGCUCUCGGAUCAUGGGUUUGAGAAUGCUCCGGUCACGUUUCACCUGACCAGCAUAUAUAACCACAGUAUCUUCGAGGCCUUCAGUAAGGUGAUCCAGAAACUGAUACCCCGGCUGGGCAUACUCGAGGCUAUGCUGACCAACCUCUGCCGUACCUGUCGUUUCGAAAAGGCUUACCUAUUCGACGUGUUGUCCAAGAUAUACAUCGCUACAGAUAGUGCGCCGGCGGACAUGGCCAGCUACGAAAUCUGCUCCGACUACAUCGACGUCAUCAUUGACGUCACGGAGGUGUAUGGGGGCUGGCAACGAUCGCCAAGGUACCGCGAGAAUCUCGAAGGGCCCCCGUGGAACCAGAAGCUGGAGGACCAGGUGGCGACAAAUUGGGCAGAGAGCUGUAUGGUGCUCAGUGACGGGAACAAGCCGAUCAUGCUGCGCGAGGUGGACAAGUAUCUAGCAUUGGUCGCGAUCAUGAAGGAGGACAGCUACGACAAGAUGCCGCUUGUCAACAUGAACGUCGAAGUCGUGGUCCAGGGGUUGAAGGACUUCUUCGAGAUUACGAAGUCGAAGUAG